UUGUCAUUGUCAAUAAAAUUAUCGGUUCAUUGAGUGCAAUUUGUUUAGCGUUGUUUACUUUUAUUUACCUCUUGCUAGAAAUUAUUAAACAAUUUCUGAUUUCACCUAAAAAUUGUAAGAAUUUUUUAAAAAUGCUAGAAGUUACGUGCAACGACCGCCUGGGGAAAAAAGUGCGUGUUAAAUGCAAUCCAGACGAUACUGUGGGGGAUUUGAAGAAGUUAAUAGCAGCACAAACCGGCACGAGAUACGACAAAAUCGUUUUGAAAAAGUGGUACACAGUUUUCAAGGAUCAUAUCAAGUUGUCGGAUUAUGAAAUACAUGAUGGCAUGAAUUUGGAGCUCUACUACCAGUGAACAUACUUUUUACAAUAAUUUAAGUAUUCUUAAUAAUUUACUCUUAGGGGAGUCUUGUUGAUGACUCUUUAAUUUUAAGUGUGAAAGGAUAAGUAAAGUAAAAUAUACUAAUAUGAA